AUGGCGGACAGGAAUGACCGUCCCCCUAAUCAGGAUAAACCCACAGUCCAUCAGACCCACAGACCCUCAGACCCCCACAGUCCAUCAGACCCUCAGACGCCCACAGUCCAUCAGACCCUCAGACCCUCACAGUCCAUCAGACCCACAGACCCUCAGACCCCCACAGUCCAUCAGACCCACAGACCCUCAGACCCCCAUAGUCCAUCAGACCCACAGACCCUCAGACCCCCACAGUCCAUCAGACCCUCAGACCCUCAGACCCCCACAGUCCAUCAGACCCUCAGACCCUCACAGUCCAUCAGACCCACAGACCCUCAGACCCCCACAGUCCAUCAGACCCACAGACCCUCAGACCCCCACAGUCCAUCAGACCCUCAGACGCCCACAGUCCAUCAGACCCUCAGACCCUCACAGUCCAUCAGACCCACAGACCCUCAGACCCCCACAGUCCAUCAGACCCACAGACCCUCAGACCCCCAUAGUCCAUCAGACCCACAGACCCUCAGACACCCUCAGUCCCACAGACCCUCAGACCCCCACAGUCCAUCAGACCCUCAGACCCUCACAGUCCCACAGACCCUCAGACCCUCAGACCCCACAGUCCAUCAGACCUCAGACCCCCACAGUCCAUCAGACCCUCAGACCCUCACAGUCCAUCAGUCCCACAGACCCUCAGACCCCCACAGUCCAUCAGACCCUCAGACCCUCACAGUCCCUCAGACCCACAGACCCUCAGACCCCCACAGUCCAUCAGACCCUCAGACCCUCACAGUCCAUCAGACCCUCAGACCCCCACAGUCCAUCAGACCCACAGACCCUCAGACCCCCACAGUCCAUCAGACCCUCAGACCCUCACAGUCCAUCAGACCCACAGACCCUCAGACCCCCACAGUCCAUCAGACCCACAGACCCUCAGACCCCCACAGUCCAUCAGACCCACAGACCCUCAGACCCCCACAGUCCCACAGACCCUCAGACCCCCACAGUCCCACAGACCCUCAGACCCUCAGACCCCCACAGUCCAUCAGACCCUCAGACCCUCAGACCCCCACAGUCCAUCAGACCCACAGACCCUCAGACCCCCACAGUCCAUCAGACCCUCAGACCCUCAGACCCCCACAGUCCAUCAGACCCUCAGACCCUCACAGUCCAUCAGACCCACAGACCCUCAGACCCCCACAGUCCAUCAGACCCACAGACCCUCAGACCCCCACAGUCCAUCAGACCCUCAGACCCUCACAGUCCAUCAGACCCACAGACCCUCAGACCCCCACAGUCCAUCAGACCCACAGACCCUCAGACCCCCACAGUCCAUCAGACCCUCACAGUCCAUCAGACCCACAGACCCUCAGACCCCCACAGUCCAUCAGACCCUCAGACGCCCACAGUCCAUCAGACCCACAGACCCUCAGACCCCCACAGUCCAUCAGACCCACAGACCCUCAGACCCCCACAGUCCCACAGACCCUCAGACCCUCAGACCCCCACAGUCCAUCAGACCCACAGACCCUCAGACUCCCACAGUCCAUCAGACCCACAGACCCUCAGACCCCCACAGACCCACAGACCCUCAGACCCCCACAGUCCCACAGACCCUCAGACCCUCAGACCCCCACAGUCCAUCAGACCCUCAGACCCUCAGACCCCCACAGUCCAUCAGACCCACAGACCCUCAGACCCCCACAGUCCAUCAGACCCACAGACCCUCAGACCCCCACAGUCCAUCAGACCCUCAGACCCCCACAGUCCAUCAGACCCACAGACCCUCAGACCCCCGCAGACCCACAGACCCUCAGACCCCCACAGUCCAUCAGACCCUCAGACCCCCACAGUCCAUCAGACCCACAGACCCUCAGAGCCCCACAGUCCAUCAGACCCACAGACCCUCAGACCCCCACAGUCCCACAGACCCUCAGACCCCCACAGUCCAUCAGACCCACAGACCCUCAGACCCCCACAGUCCCUCAGACCCACAGACCCACAGACGCCCACAGUCCCACCGACCCACAGACCUCAGACCCCCACAGUCAAUCAGACCCUCAGACCCUCAGACCCCCACAGUCCAUCAGACCCACAGACCCUCAGACCCCCACAGUCCAUCAGACCCUCAGACCCCCACAGUCCAUCAGACCCACAGACCCUCAGACCCCACAGUCCAUCAGACCCUCAGACCCCACAGUCCAUCAGACCCACAGACCCUCAGACCCCCACAGUCCAUCAUACCCACAGACCCUCAGACCCCCACAGUCCCACAGACCCUCAGACCCUCAGACCCCCACAGUCAAUCAGACCCUCAGACCCUCAGACCCCCACAGUCCAUCAGACCCACAGACCCUCAGACCCCCACAGUCCAUCAGACCCACAGACCCUCAGACUCCCUCAGUCCAUCAGACCCACAGACCCUCAGACCCCCACAGUCCCACCGACCCUCAGACCCCCACAGACCCACAGACCCUCAGACCCUCAGACCCCCUCAGUCCAUCAGACCCACAGACCCUCAGACCCCCACAGUCCAUCAGACCCACAGACCCUCAGACCCCCACAGUCCAUCAGACCCACAGACCCUCAGACCCCCACAGUCCAUCAGACCCUCAGACCCCCACACGCCAGCAGACCCCCAGACCCUCAGACCCCCCAGACCCACAGACCCUCAGACCCCCACAGUCCCACAGACCCUCAGACCCCCACAGUCCAUCAGACCCACAGACCCUCAGACUCCCACAGUCCAUCAGACCCACAGACCCUCAGACCCCCACAGUCCCACAGACCCUCAGACCCCCACAGUCCCACAGACCCUCAGACCCCCACAGACCCACAGACCCUCAGACCCUCAGACCCCCUCAGUCCAUCAGACCCACAGACCCUCAGACCCCCACAGUCCCACAGACCCUCAGACCAGUUUUAAAGUCUCUUGUUUUGAUGGACUGGUCCAGGUAA